AUGCCGAGAAUCGCUAAGUUUAAUCAAUAUCGGAAAGUGGCCUCUCAAAACCAAUCAUUGUCUCUACCUUCUUCAAAUAGUUUUCCAUUCUCAUCCUUGCUAACCCCUACAAAAGCAACAAAUAGUGCUGAUACUUUUACCUCUGAAGCAGCAACAAGUCAAAUUAAUCAAAAACCAUCUAAUACCUCUUUUGAAAACCCAGACAGUCCAAGUUACUCCCAACAUCCACAAUACAUUGAAGAUUUAUUCGAUUUUAUUGAAGAAGAAGAAGAUAAUUUAUCCAUUUCCUCCUUUCAACAUUCAGCAGCAGGCAGUAAGAGCAAUAAUUUAACACUCAACACACCAGCUACAACAACAGCAGCAACUUUAUUCAUCCACUCUGAAGCAGCAGCAGAACAACAAAACAAAAAAUACAAGGACUUGUUUUGUACCUCUACUACAACUUCUCAGUCGGAUUUACCUUCAUCAGAUCAAGCUUCUGAACCCAUGUUUCAAAAAACUACAACUUGUCUUGCUUCAAAGGCUUUAAGUAAUAGUCAUAGUUUAGUUCGAUCAGUUUUGCCAACCCACUUGUUUAAUAAUAGCAAUUGGACAGUUUCCUCCACCACCACCACAACUAAUACCUCUACUAACAACAUUUUUAAACAUUUCCAUUCAUCUCUCCUAGGAAUGAUCCCACUCAAAUACCAAUCCUACAAUAAUUUAAAUACCUGUGUUCAGAAUGCUAAACCAUCCACUACUAGUGACGUACCACAAUAUUUGUACAGAAAACAACAACAACAAGAAAAACCUGUUGGUGCUUCAAUACCUUCCGAAUUUGAUUUUACCAUUGAGAGUCAUGCCAAACAAGCAUGUGGUUUUGGAGUUGGAAAGAAAUUUGCUGCACCAAAAUCAUUAGAUUCUUCUGAUUAUAAGGAACAAUGCGGAGAAGAUGCCUUCUUCACUUUUGAGAAUGAUAAUUAUACAAUUAUUGGUGUUGCUGAUGGUGUUGGAGGUUGGGCCGAGGUUGGAGUUGAUCCAUCUCUCAUCAGUAACCAGCUCAUGUACAAUGCCAAACUUGUUUGUGAGGGUGGUGAUAGCCAACUUUUGAGUAAUCCAAACAAGAUUUUACAAAUGGCAUAUGAUUUAAUUGUAAAUGAAAGACAAGUUCUUGCUGGAAGUACCACAGCUUCGAUUGCUUCCUACGACAAGAAUACUAAAAUUUUGAGAACAUCUAACUUGGGAGAUUCAGGCCUUGCAGUUUUUAGAGAAGGAGCCUGUAUUUUCCAAACUAAGGAAAAACAACAUUAUUUCAAUUGUCCAUUCCAACUUGGUGUUGUUCCACCAGGGAAUAGUACCGCCUACCAUGAUUUGCCAGAACAUGCUGUUGAUGAAGAAAUCAAAUUGGAAAAGGAUGAUGUUCUUGUGAUGGCAACUGAUGGCGUUUGGGAUAAUCUCUUCCCAGAAUCUGUUGGAAAUUUAAUAUGGGACAUGAAAGAUAAUUUACUUGCCAAUUCUUCUCAAGGUACUCCUGGAGGUGAAUUGCAAGCUUGCGAGUUGGCUAGAAGAGUAACUCUUGAAGCCAGAACUGUUGCACUCAAUAGAUGGGCCAGAACACCAUUCGCUGUUGCGAUUGGCCAACUUGGUGGCAAGUUCGAUGAUAUUACAACUGUUUGCUUUAUUGCUUAAACCUUUAACUCGAGAAUAAUUCUUUUUGAAUAAUAAUUAAAUAAAUAAUAACUCUAAGU